AGGAGUGUUUACUACCUGGGAGCUCUGAGCUGUAUCUUUGAGAGGGUCCCACGGCUGGUUCAUGGAGCCUCUAAGAUUGGAGGAGCUUCUUCUGGGUGUCUUGUGGCUGCAGCUUUGGUUGUUGGGAUUCCCAUUGGAAAUGGAUCUGGCCUAAUGGAUGUGGAUCUCCUUGGAGUAUCAGGAGAGGAGGGCGGAACUUUCUUCCAAGCAGGAAAGGGCCAACCAAACCUGUGGGCAGUGCCAACUCCCCACAUGACAUCAUGAGGGGAAAUCUGAGAAUGGCUUGUUUUAGCACAAAUUUUCUGAAAGAAGAGUUCUUUGCAGAUGUUUUGACCACCGCCAAAAAGGCAAGAAAACACACUCUAGGAGUUUUCCACCCAACCUUCAGUCUGCUGCAGACAGCAAAGGACUUCUUGCAGCAGAAGCUUCCAGAAGAUGCCCAUCUUAAAUCCUCUGGGAGGCUCUGUGUGUCCCUGACCAGAAUAUCUGACAGGAAGAAUGUGCUGGUGUCAGAGUUUGAGAGCAGAGAGGAGCUCAUACAGGUUCUGGCAUGCAGCUGCUUUUUUCCUUGCUACAGUGCUUUCAUCCCACCUUCAUACCGAGGAGUGUACUACAUGGAUGGAGCCCUGAGCAACAACAUGCCGCUGUUCGAGCACAGAAACACCAUCACUAUGGCUCCAUUCUCAGGAGAGAGUGACAUCUGUCCCAGAGAGGGAACAUUCAACUUCUUUGAGGCAACCUUUGGAAACGUGAGCAUCCAGGUCAACACUGGCAACGUGCACCGAGUCUGCACGUCCUUCCUGCCUCCAAAACCUGAGAAGCUUGCAGAGAUCUGCCAUAACGGUUACAUGGACGCUCUUCAUUUCCUGAGAGAAAGAGAUUUGCUUGAAACACAGAAUCUUCAGCCAAGUUUGGAGGAGAUGGACACAGUCGCACCAUGUUUUUGUGAGCCGAUGGAGUCAGAGGAGACAGCGAUGAAUGAAAAAUACUGUCACAAGAAUGAUCAGUGUUGGCUGAAUCUGAAAGUCAUCAAAAAUCUACCUUUGAGCUUCAAGAAAGUGCUGCAUGAGGCGUGCAGGCACAGUCAUGAUGGCAGCUCUCAGCUCUCUGAAUUUCCUCCAGUGAGGAUGUUUUUGUCUCUGCUGACUCUGCUGCUGCUCCCCAUCGAGCUGCUUUACCUACUUGCCAAAAGAAUGCUGACAUUGAUGGCAGAGCUCUGCAGGAGGAUAUGGAGCAGAAAAAGCAGCUCCUCUCACUCAGACAUGAGGACACAGACGGUAGGAGACGGAAACUUUGAACCUUUGACACCACAAGUCUCUACAAACUCCAACAUAACUCUUCAUAUGGACAACAACGGUAACAUGGAGCAGUUAUCCCUCACAAUCACCUCUACAACUCCAGACAAAGCCCUGAAGCCAAACACAUCUCCUAACGGCACGUCGACUCUAAAGCAGAGAUGUAAACGGAUCAACAGUAAACCGAGCAGGAUAAAGGACUGUUGAACAUUUUAAACAUGGUUUACAACAUUCAAGACUUUCUUUAACUGCCAUAGAGCAGCUACAUUUCUACUGUAUUUAUACCUUUUUUUCUUGUAAAAAAACUUUAAACUGUGAUUGCUUUUUUCUGAAAGAUGCUACAUAAAUAAAGUGAUGUCAUGAUCAGGAUUUAAAAAAUACCACAGCUGAACCAUUAUAAAGUCAUUCACAGUGAAUAAAAUCUUUUCAGGUUUGUUCAAUGUA